GUGGACAUUAGUUAAAGAAAGAAAGAUAUCCUUGCACACCAAAGUUGUUUGUCACGGCUUGGAAAAUGAGUAAGGUCAGCAAAGCUACUGGAAGCACAUACACGUUCAUUUCAAUUAUCUGAAGCAUAGCUCCAUAUUCACGGCCAACUUCUUGAUGGGAAGUGGGAACCACACACAUGCAUGGUUUCUUUGGAGCAGCUCACGGAUCCAUUCUUCACCAGCUCCUCACCAUCCGGCAAACAUCCAUCAUCCAGCAAGGAUCUCCAUCUACACUUGUUGAGCUGGAAGAAAAGUAGACAGCAUUACACGGCUGCACAUAAUGGAGGGUCCUUCUUGUUUUUGUUUGGAUUGAAGAAGGAUGGAAGAAGUUGGGCACACCAAACGGAAAAGAAGGAGCAAUUUGGACCAUCAAAGAGCACACAGAUACGGCUCUUACCACAAUAAAAGGAGAGCUUUGGACAGAAGAAAAGAGGAGGUAGUAGUCACAGAUUCCAGUAGCGUAGGAUGUUGGGAAUCCAAGUGUGAGUCUAAGUCCCACAUUGGAGAGAAAUGAGAAAGUAGAGUGGUCUAUAAGUGAGAAGACCCAUUAACCCAUUGCCUAAAGGUUUUGGGUAAAAGAGUGGUGUCAAUCUCUUAUAAGGUUGGGGAGGUGCCAUUUUCCAAUUCACUUCAAAUUGUUGUAUUUCACGUUUCUGCUCAACUCAUUUCAUCAAGUUUCAUGAUGUUUCCUAUUGCGAAGUUUGAUUCUGUGUGAGAAAAUUUUGGAAAUAUUUUGAUACAAAGAGAAAAUUACAUUUAUUAUGUUUAAGCUUUGGAGAGAUGCAUGUUGCUGGCUAAAAGGAAAUCACGGUGAAAGUGAAAGUGGAAAUUUUUGAAGCACAAUUUUUUUUGGCUUGCUUGGAACACAUCACACGGCCUUAAGAAUUGGAUUUCUUAAGAAGUAGAAAUCAUUCACGGACACAUGGCAUCCCUUCUCUUGUCUUUGUCAGAAAUUGAUUGAAGAAAUGUUCAAGAGACAACAACACACGGCCCAUUGGAAUUAAAGUGGGAGCCGCCACCUAGUGUUGGAUGAUUUUUUUUCUUUGUAUUAGGAGAAGAAAAUCGUGCAUGGAUGGAAUAAAGGGACCACCACGUUUUGAAUUAUUGCAGCUCACGGUUUUCCAAUAUCAUUUCCUAUCAAUAACAAUUGAUUUUUGGCAAGCACAUGGAAGAAAAGCGGGGCCGCCAAUUUGAGAAGGGAACAAUGAUCAAUUGAAAAGCAUGCCACAUAAGAGGAGGGGACCACGUUUGUUUGGAAGCACACGGUUAUGGGAACUUAUUCUCCUUUGUCAUGGAUGGUGGAAAGAAUAAUGGAAAGCAUACUUUUUGUUUUCAAUUUGGUUUCUUAAAGAAUCAAGCAAUGUCACGUAAAGAGUGCUUGGAGGGCCCCCUCAUGCUUUGGCACGUUAGUUACUACAAUAUUCAAUUGGACAACACAUUAGGCCGCCCCAUUUAUUUUGGCUUAUGUGGUUUUCAAUAGUUAUCAUCAUCUUUCAGGAGAAGGGCAUGAAGUGAGGACUACAGACAAGCUCUUUUACUUUGGAAGAAAUGCUGAUUUCCUUUUUAUUUAAGGGGUGCACGUCCAUCACAUGAAGAGGAGUUCACUGACUGCACAAGCCAUCAAAGAAGUGCGAGAACCGUCCAGCAGGCUUGGAGAUAAAGAGUGGUGUUCUUGAACGGACAGCAUGCUUGGAGAUUCAUGAAAAUGAAGCUGGAGGAAGCAGCGUUCCAGCAGCAGCCACCUUGGAUGAGAAUAAAUGGAGUGUUGCAGAUGAAGGGAAGCUCACGGUUUUCUCCAUUCAUUUUGGCUUGCAUCUUGCCUUGCAUCACUGAAUAACAGAGAAGGGGUCACCACUUGAUAGCUCACGGCUGCACACUUGGGAGAAGCACAUUACAAUUUCUUUUAGAAGUCCAAGGUGCAGCAUGUUAGAGUUUGUAGAGGCUGGAAAGAGGAGACGCAUAAAAAUCUGCACAUCCACACUUAGAAGAGCAACGUGAAGUGAGUUUUUCCAAGAGCUGCUGCACACACACGGCCUGCUGAAUUGAUUUGGAGAGAAUGAAGCUCACGGUUAUUGGAGAGGUUUGGCAGCAGCUACGUUCAAGGGAGAAGAGAUAGAGAUCACGGCACAUGGUGAUUGAUUGAAGGAGGCUACGGCUAAAGUGUGAAGGGAGAAGAAGUGAUGCAAAGGCUGGAAAAUGCAGACCAAACUCUUCACGCUCCCAGCUAGAACCUUCAAGCAUCCAACACAGCAAAGAAGAGUAGCUCACGGUCCGAACACUUCCAUGAGCAAGGGGCUGGAAUGAUGUACACGGUGAUGCAUUGAAGAAGGUAUUCAAGCUGGUGCUAUCAUGAGUUGAAGAAGAAUUGCAAAACAUGUGAUUGGCUGGAGCAAAGUUCACGGACCAGCAGCUUGAAGUGGGAACCCACGGCUGCAAACCAUUUCCUUGAAAGAGGAAGAAGUGUCACGGCAACAAUCUGAAGAAGACAAGUGAGGGUCCCACCUUCUUGAUUUCAGCACAUCUAGGAGUGGAAGGAAGUCUUCAGCCUACGGGGACAAAAACAAAACCUACAUGAAAACAAGGAUGGUAGGCAGAGAGAAUUGGCUAUAAGAUGCAAGCAGCAUCAGAGAAGCAAAUGAGUAGAUUUUAGGAGUAGGAAUUAGGAAGAGUUUUACGUUGGCUUUCAUUUUUCCUCCUCCCCUUUGGGGAGGUUUUGGAUUUGUUUUCCAAGUUGUUUUCCAGUUUCAAUCGAAUGUUAAUUUCCAGUGUGUUUUUCAGUUGUUGAAACUCUAUUUUUAUCAACGAAUUACCUUGGGUUUACAAUUCCAUCUUCACGCUUAAGGCUUUGAUCAAAUUACUGUCACUGCAAAUUUCUGCUCACAUCAAUUUCCUUUAAGUUUCUUUGCACAUUUUAAUUUCUGUAAAAGUUUAUUUGUUUUGCAAUUUAAAUAUUUCUAAAUUUACCGUUUUCUACACAUUUACUCUUUCUACAAUUUAUUUACCGUUUUACUGUUUUAAUCUUGUUUUACAGUCUGUUAUUUUUACUGCUUUUCUAAUAUAAUUUUUCCGAAACAAAACAUUCACCACCCCCCUUUUUCGUGUUUAAAUCUAAGACUGAACCACAACAAUAUUGGUCCUUGAGAGACGACCUAGGAGUCACUUCCUAGUUAUACUGCAUUCUUAUUUGCACAUCAAAUUUGACAGGUCGCGACGCCCGCAUCAAAUUUUGGCGCCGUUGCCGGGGAACAAAAGAGGUUUGGUUUUAGAUUUUUGUUGUGUAAAUUUUUGUUUUGUUAAUAUGUGUGUUUUGUGUGUUUUGUCUUGUAUAUUUUUGUAGGCGACAACGACACCUUCAGCAAAUUUUGGCGGCGUUGUCACUUCAGUUCAGGUUUUUGUUUUAGAUUUUUAGUGUGUUAAUAUAUGUUGUGUUAAUAUAUGUUUAGUCUUUUAUAUUUUUAUUGUGUUGUGUUUUGUAUUAUAUCUGUUAAUUAAAAAAAAAUUAUUAAAAAAAAAAAUAAUUAUGUUCUGUUUUGUGUGUGCCUGUAGCAUGUAUAAAUGUGUUGUGUUUUGUUUAUCUCGUAACUUUUAGUAUUUUAUUUUUAUUUUUAUUUUUAUUUUUCGAUGUCUACCUAUUUUAAUUUCGUGAAUAGUGCUUAUUCUACGAGUGCCUGUAAUUAUGAUUCUCUUUCUGCAUAUUACUCUGAUUCUCGUGCUGAUUUUAAUACUGAGAAAAAUAUGGCUCACCCUCCAAUUUCUGAGAGCUCUCCUUGGGAGCCAGUUCCACCGAAUAAGGAUGGUGAUCAUAACUUUCUCAAUAUUGGAAUGAUAAAAAUGCUGCCCUAGUUUCAUGGUUUUGCAAGCGAAUGCUCACAUGAACAUUUGGAGAAGUUCUAUAUAAUUUGUUCUACAAUGAAACCUCCAAAUGUCGCAGAUAAUCAAGUUUUCUUAAGGACAUUUUCCCACUCGUUAAAAGGAGUAGCAAAGGAUUGGAAAACUCGUCUUCCUCGAGAAUGCGUUAUCAAAUGGGAGAAUCUGAAGCAUUUGUUCUUGAAGAAAUUUCCCCCUGUACAGAGUUACAACAACAAUUCUCGAUGGAAUGACCCUGGUUUGGGAUGGUAUGAAGCUCCACAGAAACAUCAGGAAGCACCAUCUCAGAGUACUUUCAUGCCUACACCAGUCCAACAACAACAAAGGCAAUAUUAUGAUGCUCCUGCUCAAAUAACUCCUCAGCCUUCUACUUCUGAACCUACAAUGAAAGAGUUACUAGAGCAGAUAACCAUGAAGAGCAUUCAGUUCGAGCAAAUCCAGCAGGAAACUCAAGCUGCCAUGCAGAAUCUAAAUGAUCAGAUCGGGCAGAUGACCACUCUUGCACCUAAGGAGAAUGCUGAAGAUUUUGAGGCCCAGGCAGGAAUAAGCAAUACCUUUGAGACAGGUAGACCAUUUUUAUCUUCCACCGUGGAGGUAAACGUACCUCAACUUGAAUGUGCAAUUGAUGAAUUGGAAAUUCAUGAGAAAAUUUAUACUGAGCAAAAACAUGUUUAUUCUGAAACUGAGAUUACAAGCUCUUUAUUUGAUUUGCUUAUACAUUCAAUUGCUUGUGAUUUGUUGCACAAUGAUUCUACAGGUUUUAGGAUUGAAACUGAUAUAGAUUUGAUUGACAAUUCUGAAGUUUUUGAUUCAGUAUUAGUCUCUGAAACCAUUGGUAUAAAUGUUGUGUUGAAUGAACAUGCUUACACUGAUGAAAUUUCCAUUGAUAAUAGCUUUGAACUGAAUGUGGAUUUUGUUGAUGAUGCAUAUGUCAAUAUUGAUUUUGAGACAGGAAUUUUGCAAUCGCAUAACAUGAUAGAGUUAGAACAAAACUUCGAUCUCACUCAGUUUUCUGAGAAUUGUGAAUGUGAUUGUGAAUCUGGUUCUUGCCCGAUUUGUAUUGAAAUUGAUUAUGUGUUACAAACAGAUUCUAAAUUCAUAACAGAUGUUAUUGAUUAUGAGUUUGAUGACCAGGUUACAAAAGUAAAUGAGAAUACAGGUACUGACAUAGAGGAAAUAAUGAUAGAUGAAGGAAAGUAUACUGUUAUUUCUCUUAUUACUCCGGUGUCACAGACUCAACAACUGCUGGUGGACAGAAGGCUCCUGAUUUUAUUGAUUCAACAACUUGCUCGGAGAAGAAGGAAGAAAAGUCUUGAUUUGAGUGAGAAGGCAGUACUGGGCGAGCUGCUCCUGAAGACAUCUUCGCCGGAUCCUGAGGUGGAAGAUAUCUCACUGAUGGUCCAGAAUUGGCAACUGCCACCAUGACCAGGGAGCACUCUUUUUCCUCAUUAUGUACAUAUUAUUUAGCUUUUCUGGUGUGUUUUCAUGGUUGUAUUUAUUUCAUUUUAAUUUUUAAAUUGUGAGCAUGAAA